CGCGUACCGAAGCAGCAGCAGGCAAAGAAAGCCACUGCGCAUAAUGGAGACGGACCGUUCGCUCCUGGCAAACACAGGUUGUACAUAGUCAGAAACUAUGGAAUCCCAAGUCUCCUCUCCCCCACGCAACUACUGCAGCCAGCCACAGUCCCCAGAGACCUGAUCUCAGCAGGACAUACACACUGCUGCACUGUUUGCAACCCAAAACACACUCGGGCAAUUGUCUUUUCUGCUAGGAAAUUGAUACGUCCACGUUUACGCCCCGUCAACAUACUACGCGUGAAAACG